AUGAAGGCUCUUGCGCUGUUCGCCCUGCUGGCCUGCCUGGUGCCGGGUAGCCUGAGCAUGUACUACGGCCGCUGCCAACUCGCCCAGACGCUGCAGCAGCUGGGCCUGGACGGCUACAUGGGCUACAGCCUGGCCAACUGGGUCUGCAUGGCCGCGCACGAGAGCAGCUACAACACCCAGGCCACCAACUACAACAGCUGGGACGGCAGCACCGACUUCGGCAUCUUCCAGAUCAACAGCCGCUACUGGUGCCAGAACGGCGACGAGUACAGCUCCAACAUCUGUCAAAUUCCCUGCAGCGACUUACUGAGCAACAAUCUCUCAGCGGACGUUGAAUGUGCUAAGAUCAUUGCCCAGGACUCCAACGGCAUGAGUGCCUGGGUGGCCUGGACGUCGUAUUGCCAAGGCCAGGAUCUGUGGCAGUACGUAGAAGGAUGCGGCGUGUGA